GUUGAUCCAGUGGCAGUCCAUGCUGCCCCCCGCGUGCAUCAACCCAUGCAGCUCUGUGGCAUUGACUCCCUCUUUUGCCUUCAUGCUCUGCUGCUCACGUUCCGCUGCAACGGCCAUGCGCCCUCCGCGCAAGACCUUAUCUCCUCGGUCGCCCGACGAUCUCUUGCCUCUACUACGAUUGACCCCGGUAAUUUUGUUAGGACAGUGGGAAGGUUCAGGGAUCUGAAUCCUUUGUCUUUUGCUGUUCACAUGAGUAUUAAUACUUCAUAGGGCCAUUCAGCGUUGCUAUUCAAGGCUUCACCAUGGCGAUUUAAGAAGACGGUGCCGAAUGGGAGACUUACCACUUCAAGGAUUCAAAUCCCUGCAACUCUCCACCGUACCAACAAAAUCACCGGGGGUCAACCACUAGGUAUCUGGGCUGAC